UUAGUUUGUAAUUACAGGAGAUAAUCUGGUGACUGAACUCCGACCACUAGGUUAUUGUACACUUUCAAUCAUCUUUCUGUUCAAUUUCUUCUAUUCUCUUUCGAUUUCACGCAUUCUGUGUUUAAGAAAUAACAAUGGGAAUGUGGAAAACGGUUGAAAGCUUCAGAAUGGGUCUCGAUCUUCCUGAUCUAAACGAAAUUUACAUACCUCGGAGAAGGAGGGGAUCUUCCGGCGCCGGAAAGAAAGAACAACCCAAGACUGAGACCGAACUCCCCUUGACUGUGUUGGAGGCUGCAGCUAUUCUAAUAGAGAUGGCAAACUUUGUUUCUGAUGUUGAACCGCAAAAUAUUAACACCCACAAAAGAAAGAAGCCUCCGACGCCAACGCCGACGACUAUGACUAAGAAACAGAGGAAGAAGAAGGCAAAACAGAGCAAGUAUCCGUGGAUUACUGAGAUGCCGGUGGCGAUGAGAGAUCGGAUUGUUGAAAUGGGUGGCUACGGAAUUAAUCUGGUGAUUCAGAAACAACUCCAAGAUACGGAUUUAAACAAGAAUCAAGGGCGUUUAUCCCUCCCAGCAGAGAAACUGUUGUUUGAUUUUACAACAGAGGAUGAGAAGAUAUUGCUGAGCCAACGAGAAAACAAAAAGAAAAAAGGGAUGAAUGUAUUGAUAAUGGAUGAUGUUUUAGAAGAAAGAAGGAUUUGUUUGAAGAUGUGGAAGAUUGGAAGUGGGGAUGUCUACUGUUUGAUGACACAGUGGAAUUCGUUUGUGGAAGAAACGGGAUUGAAAAGUGGCGAACAUAUUCAAAUUUGGUGUUUUAGAAAAGAUGAUGAAUUUGAGGCUUCUCGUCUUUGCUUUGCCAUGGUUAAGUUGAACUAAUUAGCAACUUGCUAAUUUUGUAGCUAAUUUUCGAUGUAACAAAGACUUUGAAUUGAAGCCAUAUUUGGAAUGAAAUUUUGGAUCGAAAUUCCUCCUACGUUUUGAGUAAAAUUGAAAAUAAAGAAUAAUAAAAGGGAAACAAAAAAAGAACCAAAGGGCUGUGAAUAAAAGAAUGGGGAGAAGGAAGAAAAAGCGAAUA